AUACUCUUACAUGCCAAAUUUGAAAUUAUAUUAUAUUCCACUAUAAAAUUUAGGUUUAAUUUUCCUCUUUUUAUAUUUUUUAAAAAUUUGAAUGUUUAAUAAAUUUAGUAAUAAUUUAUAUACCAAACAAAUAUGUUCAAUUUACAAUAAACGUAUAUUUUAUUUCUCUAAUGAUAAACUUCAUUUUAAAUGGAAAGUUUAGUGGAUUUGUGUUUAUUUUGUAACAUAAACGAUAUAAGAAGUUUCAAAUUUUUUUUUGUAUUGGUGAACAACUAUAUUAAUCUAAAUUAUGUUAAACAACGUAAGAUAAAUUUAUAUCCGAUUAAUUUUUAUAAUCAGAAAUCCUUUAAACACAUUCAAUUUUUCACUUUGUGUUCAGAAUGAUAUAAAAUUACUCUAAAAUUCAGAUGUAAAUGUUCAGACGAUUAUUUUAAAAGCACAUGUUCCACGUUAAGUUUUAUUAUUUGGUGUGUCUCACAACAUAUCUAUCUAUUAUUAUAAAGAUGUGUUUGAAUCCUUCCUAGGGGGUCCACUUCAGCAUCCACCUAGGAAAGUCGCCUUCUGUACGCCCGCCACGUGUCCAUGCUUCUCUCCACGUCGUUUCAUUAAAACGAAGGUAACGCGAGUUGGGCUUUGUGUCGUGACAUGGGCUUUUUGUUGUUGGCACUUUGCAUUUUGUUUUGCCAGGAGAGAUGCGCCAACCCUAAUCCGGAGAAAAAAAAAGCAACACCUUCUUCCUCUUCGACACGGUGGCGAUGAGGGAAUUUCGAGUUUCUAUGAAACGGUUCUAUUAAUGGCUGCGUGGUAAAUCGAAUUGAUUGUCCCCUCCACAAUCCAUCUUCAAUGGUUUGCGAACGGCAGUCUCUAAACGGUAUAAAUAGAUAGUUUUCUUUUCCGAUCUGAAGUCUGGCGGCAAGUGUUCCUCCGUUGUCGAGGCGAGACUCUUGCGGUACUGGGAGGCCUGGAAUGUGAAACGCGGCAGCGACCUGAUGUGGGUCGACAUGCUCUUGAUCGACGUUAAUUCAACCAUAAUGCAAGCCACCAUCUAUGCUAACCGCCUUCCGAGAUUCCGGUCUAAGCUCGCCGCCGGAAAAGUGUUUUCUAUAUCCGGUUUCGAUGUUGCCCGGUGUGCUCAGAAUUACCGGCUCACCGACUCUCCUUUGCUGCUCCGGUUUAGUGAUUUAACCGAUUUUGAUGAGUUAGCAGAGCCGGUUUCGCCCUUGCCACAAGAAGGCUUCCGGUUCCGCAAUCAUUCUGAGCUAGCCGGAUUGGCUAACAGGAACACACAGCUCCCAGAAAUUAUAGGUGAGAUAACAGCUGUUAAGAGUACCGUUAACGACACUCUUGGAGAGAAGGACCGUAUCAUGGCAACUAUCAAGUUGGAUAAUGAUACAAAGGUCAUUUUAAGCCUCUUUGACGCUCAAGCUGUGUCUUUUCAUAAAAAACUUGAAGACAUGAAUGGUGAUCCAAUGGUGAUUGUCGCUACUAGCAAAAACCCUAAGAUGGUUGGAGGUGGUUUGUUCCUCAAUGCAACAUCAGGAACACACAUCUACUUUGACAAGGAGACCACCGCAGGGGAGGUUUACUUCUACAAUUUGGUCGCUAGAGACACUGGAGUCCCAUCUGCCGCACCAUUACUGAAAGGAUAUGCAAAGGUGGAGACUCUGACCGUCGCAGAGCUCAAUAAUUUUAUAACCUCUGCUACAUCACAGGAAAUUGACUUCAUCUGCACCGGUAAAGUUGUCCGGCUCGACGUGGACAAGGGAUGGUGUUAUGUUACCUGCGCCAAAUGCAGUAAAAAAUUGCAGCGUACAGUCUCUGCUUUGGAGUGUACGCGAUGCAAUAAUACCAAUGCUGUCGGCGUUCUCCGCUAUCGUGUGGAGUUGGCAAUUGCUGAUGAUACUGCUGAAGGUGUGUUCGUGUGUUUUGAUGGGGUGAUGACUAAGCUACACAACCUCAGAGCAAGUGAAGCCGGUCAGAUGUUGGCUGAAGGAGUAAAUCCUGAGGAUGCUGUGGUGCCUCCAUUUAUCACGGACAUGGAAGGAAAAACAUUCACGUUCCAAGUCAGGGUUAGUGCAUAUAACUUCACUGCUCAUCAUCAGACAUUCACCAUCAUCCGCAUCCUCAACGAGCAUGAGUGUAUUCCAGUUCCUAACUUUGUCGUCAAUGGGGGAGAUGAUGCUGAUGAUGAUGACACGCCAGAUGGUAGUCUGGCUCCUAUUCAGAAGGAAACUGGAGAGAGCAGUAUUGAUGCAGCUAAGAAUGGUGACGACCCAUUUGAAUACCCGGAGAGAGAGUCUAUCCGUGGGCUGCACCUCUCCUUGGGGAUUAGUCUGGGCCUCUCCAUGGGCCUGGAAUGCCCCCAGGUUAAACAAAAAAAAAAAAAAAAAGAAUGGUGACGAGAACACAGAUGGUCUUGCGCCCAAGGAUAUUGUCCACCCAGCUAAUAAGGCGGUCAAGAAAGCACGUGUUGUUUGAGAUGAGAUAUCAGAAGUUAUGUUUCAGUUUCUGGUUUUGAAUAAUGCUUCUUACUAAUCUGCAUUUUUUCCGCGUGUUUGGUCAUAUGUUUCAUCUUUGUCUUUUUGGUUACCAGUUACUUGACAGUCAAUUCUCAGUAUAAUAAAAUACUAUUUAUAUUCA